GUGUUUGCUAAGGUAGCACCCCAUCAGAGAGGCAGGAAGGAGCAGACGAGUACACGUGCUGCUUUGUGAUAUCUUUGUUAUUAGUGUCUCGUGAUGUAAGUUAAUUUGUUUUGACUUACACCUUAUCUCUGCAGGUCUCCCGGGUGUUUGAGCAUGGACCCGGUUGCCACCCACAGCUGCCACCUCCUUCAGCAACUGCACGAGCAGCGUAUCCAAGGCCUGCUUUGUGACUGCAUGUUGGUGGUGAAAGGGGUCUGCUUUAAAGCACAUAAGAAUGUUCUGGCAGCGUUCAGUCAGUAUUUCAGGAGCCUCUUUCAGAAUUCUUCAGGCCAAAAAAGUGAUGUUUUUCACCUGGAUGUUAAAAACGUCAGCGGCAUCGGGCAGAUCCUGGACUUCAUGUACACGUCCCAUCUAGAUCUUAACCAGGACAACAUACGAGUCGUGCUGGACAUAGCCCAGUGCUUGCAGGUUCAAAACGUUCUGAAUCUGUGUCACACGUUUUUGAAAUCGGCCGCUGUGGAACAGCCCCCUGGCGUGUCCUGUAACAGUACAUUCUCCCUGCAGAGCGCUCUGGCUGCUGACGCUAACUGUGUCGUCAGCGAAAACUACCCUCCUCCUUUGCUGCAGGAGUGUCCCGCGGAGGUUCAGCAGAGUAAGGUGUUGGAUGAACCCCAUUCUCACGCUCCCCCGUCAGUUAAUCUUCAUCACCCUGCGGGCGAAGCGCCCAAACCGGCGCCCGGUCCGCUAGAGGCCAGCGGCCCAGAGCUGCCUCUCAGGCAGAGCUACUGCUACAAACUCCGAAACUUCUACAGUAAGCAGUACUAUAAACAGGCUGCCUGUCCCGGUCACGGGAGGGUGGGCGAGCCGCCCUUCCCGUCCAGCACCCCCACGGGCCUCGGUGCCGGGGAGCGCCAGCCUGGCGCGGCCAGCCGGCCCGGAUGUGGGCCGGAGCCUGCGGGGCUCCUGCCUCCUCACUGCUCGGCCCCGCCCCUGAGUGAGCCGGACCUGGACCCGGACCCGGGGUCCGACAGCACGCGCCAGCCCCCGGCCAAGCAGAUGAGGCUCAAAAAGGCCAUCCACCUGAAGAGGCUCAACUUCCUCAGGUCACGGACACCCGCGGAGCCGGCGACUGAAGCCAGGCGGGAGGACGGUGUGACCGAGCGGGCAGGCCCUGCCGGUGCAGAUGCGCGGGAGGAAGCCAGCGGCCCCAGUGCUGAGGGACAAGGAGGCGGGGAGCUCAUCGCCUCUGAGCACUCGAACUGCGUGAACGACACGGAGCGGCCUGAGGACCCCGCGGCGCUGGAGGACCAGUCCCAGAUGCUCCAGCCACAGAGACAGUACGCGUGCGAACUGUGUGGGAAACCUUUUAAACACCCAAGCAACCUGGAGCUUCACAAACGGUCUCACACAGGUGAGAAACCUUUUGAAUGUAACAUUUGUGGGAAACAUUUCUCUCAGGCAGGUAACUUGCAGACUCACUUACGUCGGCACUCUGGUGAAAAACCAUACAUCUGCGAAAUCUGCGGAAAGAGGUUCGCAGCCUCUGGUGACGUCCAGCGCCACAUUAUUAUUCACUCGGGAGAGAAGCCACACUUGUGUGACAUCUGUGGGCGAGGCUUCAGUAACUUCAGCAACCUGAAGGAGCACAGAAAGACGCACACGGCCGACAAAGUGUUCACCUGUGACGACUGCGGCAAGUCCUUUAACAUGCGGAGGAAGCUGGUGAAGCACCGGGUCCGGCACACGGGUGAGCGGCCGUACGGCUGCCCCGCCUGCGGGAAGUGUUUCGGGGGCUCCGGCGACCUCCGCAGGCACGUGCGCACGCACACGGGCGAGAAGCCGUACGCGUGCGAGGUGUGCAGCAAGUGCUUCACGCGCUCCGCCGUCCUCCGGCGGCACAAGAGGACGCACUGCAGGCCCGAGGCGCGCCGGGACGCGCUGGACGAGCUGGCGCAGGCCCUCGACGCCUCCGACCUCGAGAAGUCCCAGGGCUCGGAUGCGUUCUCCCGGGACGUGCCCGUCGCCUUGAUGCCCGCGUCGCUCAAGCUCCCCGCGCACCCGGUGGAAGAGUCCGUGACGGAAUUUGACGGCCACGCUGCCGGCCCCUACUGCAAGUUCCGGGCCGCGGUCGAGCCUCACGGAGCCGGCGGGCCGGAGAAGCUGGGUCCGGACCCCGGCAAGCUCGCCAAGCGCCCCCUGCAGCCGGCGCCGCAGCAGACGUUCGCUUACCCGGGCGCGGCCGCCUCCGCCGGCGACCAGCCGCUGCCGGCCGACAGCCCGUCCCUGGGCCGCUCGUCCCCGGCCGCGCUGGACAACCCCUGCGGCGACGGGCCGGGCGGCCGCGCGGCCUCCACGCCCUACAGGAACCCCGAGGGCCAGUUCUUCUCCAGCAUGACCCUCUGGGGGCUGGCCAUGAAGACGCUGCAGAACGAAAACGAGCUGGACCAGUGACGGCCGGCGACGGCCCCGCCCGGUCCCCGCGGCAUCUUCUCCGCUCGGCAGGCGGGUCCCCGCGCCGCGGGAGGGGGCCCGGCCCCUUCCCAACAGCCCGAGGAUCGUGUGACCGCCCCUGUGCCGCCGGUGGCUGAUAACCGGGAGCAUCUGGAGCCCAGGAUCUGGGAAGGCCUGCCGGCUCCCCGCGCACACAGACGCGGGACCGGAGGCUCCAGGGGCAGCAGCUACCGGCUGGGGACACCGGCCCACUGACAUCAGCCGGGCAGGACGGCGGGCACGCUCUGGGCCCGCUGCUGCACCCCGAGUCGUGUUCGAGGGAAAACAUACAGAAACACAAAUAUUUUUGCAUUUUUACAUGAUUGAAAUUUGUAGCGUUUUGUACUUUACGCAAAAAUUUUAUUUGUAUAUGAAACCCGUGCUAUAAUUUAAUGGGAAUAAAUGAAACUUGACUUUCUCUAUAA